CAAUUACGUAUAUCUAUUGUUUUACAACCGCGAACAGUGGAUCCCGAGGGAUUAUCUGAAGUAUCCCCGAAGCGAACCCUUUCGAUUAUUCGUAGUGGGACUCAGACUAUUACGGCCAAGACAUGAGCAUCGAGACACUAUUAGAGGCAGCCAAGUUUUUGGAAUUACAAGCCCAGCAACAACAGAAAGCACGUGAGGAGAAUGAACUGCGGGAGAAAAUGCGCCUUCAGCACGAGGCUGAACAACAGAGAGCCGCAGCCGCUUCCCGCGCGCAGCCCGUCCGGAUGAAUCACAUCACCUGGACGGAGGAGGCGGGUCCAGAGCGUCGCCACGCCCCGCCCGCCCCGCCUCCUCUACCUCCUCCGCCAUCUUCCGUGCCCAUAACAGUGAUACCCAUCCCCGUGGUGUCCUCCAAUCCUUCGGCCAUACCCCCGGCCCCCGCCGCCGCGCUCAGCCCUCCGGUCGCUCCCCGCCUGGCGCCCCCCAGCCGAAAAGACGCCCACUCGCCCCCGUCUCAGCCGGCGCCCCACCAGCGUGCCCUCGUUUCCUCUCAGGUGAAGGCUGAACCCACAUCCCUGACUCAGCCGCCCAACAUCAAACAGACUCAGCCCCAGCUGCUGCAGCCGUACCAAGGCUCCAUCGUAACGGCUUCCCAGCAUGCUCUGCUACCACAGCCGGGCCCCCCAUCAGCACAGCCCAGCCCCAUCCAGUCCAGAGCCAGCCCCCCCGAAGACCACCGCCACAUCGAUGGCAAGAAAAGACCUGGAGGGGCAGGGACAAGAGAAGUACACAACAAGCUGGAAAAAAACAGACGAGCACACUUAAAGGAGUGCUUUGAGACCCUGAAAAAAAACAUCCCCAACGUGGACGAAAAGAAGACCUCCAAUCUGAGCGUGCUGAGAAGUGCCCUGAGAUACAUUCAGACUCUGAAAAGAAAAGAGAAAGAGUUCGAGCACGAGAUGGAGCGUCUAGCACGGGAAAAAAUCGCCACCCAGCAGCGCCUGGCGGAGCUGAAGAACGAACUCAGCCAGUGGAUGGACGUGAUGGAGAUCGACCGCGUGCUCCGUCAGACGGUCCAGCCAGAGGACGACCAGGCCUCCACCUCCACCGCCUCAGAGGGUGAAGACAACAUAGAUGAGGACAUGGAGGAGGAGAACGUGACGUCCAUGCCCAGUACCUUACACCAUAAAGUGCCUCACGUCCUGCAGCCCGAGCUGAGGAAAUCCCAGACGAGCAGUUCGAUACUGGCCCAGCAUAUCAUCCCACACCACAAAGCCCCACAGCCGCAACCUGUGCCCCAGCCGGCCCAGCAGGUCCCGACCCUGACGUCCACGCCCUCCGUUACCACCACCAACACCCCCACCCCAGCACAGACCCCCAAUGGCCCCAUCCCCACCUCUACCCCCAUACCACCCCAGGCUUUGCCCCCCACCCACACGCACAUCGUGACCACAUCGACCAUCCAGCCCACGGUCAUCGCGCACGCCGCCGCCCCGGCCUCCCACGCUUCGGUCAUCCAGGCGGUCAACCACGUCAUCCAGGCGGGCUCCAAACACAUCGCCCACAUCGCCCCCUCCACCUCGAACUCUGUCCAGCUGGCCCCUGGGCCCCAGCCCAUCGGGCACAUCACCGUGCACCCCGUGGCGCACCUGCCCGCCAUCUACCAGACGUCUACCGUCACGCAGCCCGCCGUCAUGAGCCAGUUCGCCCACACGCUGUCCCACUCCACCCAGGUCAACGGCAACGCCGCGCCCAGCCAGCAGGCCGCGGCCAUGGUGGGCAAGCAGGCCGCCGUGGGCGCUCAGGUGGUCGCCCAUCACCCCCAGCUGGUCGGACAGACCGUGCUUAACCCUGUAACCAUGGUGACCAUGCCCCCGUUCCCCGUCAGUACGCUGAAGCUGGCCUGAGGCGGGCUGUGAAACACAGGGUCGUCGACCCCCAGUGAAACCCAAUCACAAACUGCAUUACAACCAGAA